AUGUGCGGUUCAUCGAGUGAUAUGCUCCCGGUCAAGCCGACAAGCCGAACGAGAGUCACCCUCGCCGGAAAGCAAAAGACAAUACUAUGGGAGAAGAAGCUGGAACAGCGAAGGAAGCAAGAAGCAAUCAAGCAACGGGAACGCGAGAUGAAGGCAGAGAAGGAAGCUGAGGCCGAAAGGAAGAAGACAGUGAGCCGCGAAAGGAAGCAGAUGGCUGAGGAGAAGGCUCGUCUCGAGAUCAUGGCGCACAAGAUGAGCGCAAAGAAGCUUGCACGCAAGAAGCGUCGUCUCGGAAUCACCAAGAAGGUCUCGCACGCAUAG